GUGGCGUGGAGUGGAGUGGAGCUGGCCGCCGAAGAGAGACCCCGAGAGGCCGAGAGAAAGAGAGAGAGGCCGUGCUAGGUGUGGUGAGUGGUGACCCAGAUGGAGGUGGCCGCCACGUCGCCGUGGCCGGAGGAGCCGCUGCUGCGGCCCCCAUCUCCGCAGCCCAAUCUCCGUGCCGACGCCGCCAGCUCCGGCGACCCGGCUUCCCCUCCUCCAUCAGCGGUGAGGCCGAGUCGCCUCGCGGCGCUCAUCGGGCGCGCGGCGGGGCGGCGCGGUCCCUCGAUGCUGGUGCGCGAGACGGCGGCGCUGCAACUGCAGCGGAGGCGCGCGGACUGGGCGCACUCCCGCCCCGUCCUCGCGCUCGACAUCGCCUGGAACGUCGCCUUCGCCGCGGCCGCCGCCGCCGUGCUCUCGUCCUCUGCCGAGGAGAGCCCCGUCAAGCCGCUCCGCCUGUGGGUCGUCGGGUACGCCGCCCAGUGCCUGGUCCACGUCGGGCUCGUCUGCGCCGACACCCGCCGCGAGACGCGGCGCGCCCGGAGAUCGGCGUCUGACGUCGAGUCUGCCGGCGCUGGGACAGACAGCUCGGACGCCGACAGCGAAGAUGACGAAAGGGCGGAAGGGAGGAGCAGCUAUACAGGUCGUUGCGAGACGAUGAACACGUUGAUAUCAUUUCUGUGGUGGAUCAUUGGAUUCUACUGGAUAUUCUCAGGUGGGGAGGUGCUCGAGCACGGCGCUCCAAGGCUGUAUUGGUUAACCAUUGUGUUUCUGGCCUUCGAUGUGUUUUUUGCUGUGUUUUGUGUUGCUGUGGCCUGUUUCAUUGGGAUUGCACUGUGUUGCUGCUUGCCUUGUGUCAUUGCUAUUCUGUAUGCUCUGGCUGGCCAGGAGGGUGCAUCAGAUGCAGAUAUUAGUGUUCUUCUGAGAUAUAGAUAUUCUGAUCCAAGCGAAGAUGGUGAGAAGGGGGUCGAUGAAGGACUGAUGAUCCCUAUCCUGAAUAAUAGUGGAAUGUCAACAAGUGAGCGUAUUCUCCUUCGCGAGGAUGCUGAAUGCUGUAUCUGUCUAUCAUCAUAUGAAGAUGGAGCUGAGUUAUCUGCUCUCCCCUGCAAUCAUCACUUCCACUGGCCUUGUAUUACCAAAUGGCUGCGCAUGAAUGCGACGUGUCCACUCUGCAAGUAUAACAUUCUCAAAGGCAGUGACAGUGCAUGACCAACUUAUUCUGACAUAACUUCCGUACACAGCUUCCUUUCAAGUGGCGUUCUCAAAGCAAUGCUGUUUUCACAGCUGUGUUAUUAAGUGACAGUGAUCUGUGUUUUUCUGUUUAGGAUGUGGUGAUAACCUGUAGAUGGAUGAAACCUUAUUUACAAUUGUCCUUGUUAAUAUCGCUUGUAAAUACCUUUCGAGUUGUUUUCUACGUAUGAUGGAAUUGGAAUUGCUGAAAUACUUUGUGAUUCUGGUUUGACUUUAUGCUGUUUUAACAGCUGUGUUUUU